AUGAGUUUACGGCUAGCCACUCGGCGGCUGGCCCUGCCAAGCCAAUCUCCCUCAGCUUCUUUGCUGACACUGGGAAAAACUGCUUCUCAGGGAAAUACUGGUGUGGUAGUUCAACGCCGCAACAAAUGGUCAAUCAACAUGUUCAAGGGCUGGGGCAAAUCCGGCGCCAAAGACUCUGGUGACAAAGGUCAAGACCCAGUAGCCUCCGAGUUGGACGACCCCAAGAAACGACAACAAUUCCUACAGAGAAACAUGCGAGGCGGCGUAGAGGACAACAUUUUCCAGGACGAAAUCGAAGCCGCGAAACCAGCAUCUGAAACACCUGCCGCCUCGGCAUCAGAAGAAAGGACGAAGGAGAGCUUGGCGAUGGUGGUCGAUCCAGAUGCUCGGAGUCGCAUCAGGUGGCAGCGGAAAAAGGUCAUUCAAUUGGUACGACGAAAUGGAGAGGUGACCAGGGAGGAGAGGAUAAAGAUGACGGAGCGAGAGCUGCUUCACAAGAGCGAGUUUAUGCCGACAAGCGUCAAGAAGCUGGUCAUGUUGGCGCGACAGAUUGCCGGUAAGCCAGUUGACGAAGCUAUUCAGCAAAUGCAGUGGUCAAAAAAGAAAUUUGCGGCUGAGGUCAAAUAUCACCUGGAGGAGGCUCGAGACAUGGCUGUUGUCCAACGUGGUAUGGGACUCGGCAAAGUCAACGGUGACCUUUUGGAUAAGCCUCGAAAAGUGCAAACCAAGGAUGGCAAGUGGAUUGAGAUUGCGGAUCCGACCCGUUUAUACGUUGCGCAGUCAUGGGUUGGGCGAGGACCUUGGCGUGGAAAGGAGCUGGACUACAAAGGCCGUGGAAGGAUGGGUAUUAUCCAGCACCCAAGUACCAGUAAGCUAUCCCAAGCCAAUAUUGUUCCACUAAACCAAAUGAUACAAUGA